CUUGCAGUAUUAAUUGAACAUGGUAUUUGCAGUUUACUGUAUUCUGGAAUCUAAAAGAUAAAAUGCAAAUUUCAGAAGACUUGGCAUACAGUCCAAAUCUUCUGAAAUCCUGUAGUCCUUACUCUUCAAGUUGGCAUUUCACUUGAAUCCAGUUUGCAAUAUUUUGCCUUUUUUAAGAUUUAAUACCAUUUGUUUUGCAAAAGGAGAGGCUAUUUAACUUGUCAGGGUUGCCUGAUUAACUCUGAGAGAUUCUGAUAGAUUGUAGCGGCAGAAAGAAAGCAGAAGAUGAGAGCCUCAAAAACUAGAUCCUGUCAUCUUUCUGUGACUCCAAAGGAGAAGGCACAGAUGCACACUGCGUGGUAGCCACUCUGUACAUUUGAGCACCCGAUUUCUCAGAAUACAGAACAACAAUUGACUUUUUUCAUCCAGCUUUUCCAACCUGGCACCAAUGUGACUUCUUUCCACCAGUGCAAAAAAACUUCAGAAAUACAAUUUGGUAUAUGAAAAUUAAAAAGCAAAUUGAUGAACUCCCUGAAGGAGCUGUGAAGCCUCCAGCAAAUAAAUACCCCAUCUUCUUUUUCGGGACUCAUGAAACUGCGUUCCUGGGGCCCAAAGACCUCUUCCCUUAUAAAGAAUAUAAAGAUAAGUUUGGGAAGUCGAACAAACGAAAAGGAUUUAAUGAAGGCCUGUGGGAAAUAGAAAACAACCCUGGAGUAAAGUUUACUGGAUAUCAGGCAAUUCAGCAACAGAGCUCAUCAGAAACUGAGGGAGAAGGAGGAAAUACAGCAGAUGCCAGUAGUGAGGAGGAAGGUGAUCGGGUAGAAGAGGAUGGAAAAGGCAAAAGAAAGAAUGAAAAAGCAGGCUCAAAACGAAAAAAAUCCUACACUUCAAAGAAAUCCUCCAAGCAGUCACGGAAAUCUCCUGGAGAUGAAGAUGAUAAGGACUGCAAAGAGGAAGAAAAUAAGAGCAGCUCUGAUGCUGGGGACGCAGGCAAUGACACAAGAAACACUUCUUCAGAUUUGCAGAAAACCAGUGAAGGGACUUAACCAACAUAAUGACUGCUGAAUAUUAAGGGAAAACACAAGAAGGUUACAUGUUUGGUUGUCUAAUAUUCUUGGAUUUGAUAUGAGUCACCACAUCUGUUCAUUAGUAUCAUCAGCAGCAUCCCAGUUUGUAUGCACAUUAUUCACAUUCCUAUCUGUUGUGUUUGCAGAAAUGACAUUUUACCCUUUUUUCUAAGGGUUACUUUACAAUAUUCAUAUUAUUUGGUUGCAUGAAGUUGCCCUUUACCAGUGGCUGAGGUUUAUGAAGAUAUCGCAUACUUGAACAUGUUUAGAUUCCUUUUCUAAACAGAAAAGGUGUAACUCCAAAUUAUAUCAUUCUAAAUCAGCAUUUUUAAAAAACAAGUAGAAACGAGUCCCUUUCAUACAAUACUACAAUCUCUUCCACCUACAAACAUAAUUUUAAAUUUCCCUGUAUCCAUACUUUCUUGAUUUUUGAUCAGUUUACAACAUAAAAGAGAAAAAUCUUUUUCAGUUGAGAUCACCACAAAGUUCAAUAAUGUAAUAAAAUACCUUUCCUUAUUAGAAGUACCUAGCUAGUUAUACUCUUAAUACUUCUCAAAAUCAUGAUGUAAUGUACACUAUCUGACUUAGUUCCUAUAUGUGAAGUUAGUGAAAGUCUUUUUGUGUUUCUUUAGAUUAAUACAAGGAUUUUUUCCAAUGCCAACACAAUUUGAAAUCAUUCAUUUGGAUGCUUUCCAUUUUUAAGCUUACUGUGAUAUAGAACCCUAUGGGAAACCAAAAGAAAACAUCAAUUUUAAUUAAUGAAAGGCUUAAAAAAGGAUGCUGUCAUUCUGGCUUUUUUUUUCCUUUUGGAAAUAGAACUAGACUAGUAAGUAAGCAUUCCAAAUCCAUUAUUCUGUGUACAUUAUUGUUGCUAUUGUGAUAAUAGAGAUUUUUAUUUAUUUUUAUGCCAGCUUUUAUUGUGGAAACAUAUUUAGUCUGGUUUUAUCAAUCCUUGUUAUGCUUGUCCUUGGAACAUCUUUUGCGUAUUCAAGGUUUGUAGUUGACGAGUUUACUGUAAAAAACUUAAAAAAAAAAAAACACAACAAAAAAACACAAAACAAAACAAAAAGAAAACAAAAAAAUGUAUUGUUUUUACAGAAUAAAUUUAUUGGAAUGUGUAUUGGGAGUAAGGUUUGAGGUUGUAAGCAACUAAGUUAGCGUCAUAUUUGGCUUCAUACGUGUAAUAAUGUGAGGUAUUAAUGUAAGUCAAGUAUUAAAGCAAAACAUUCUGUUAACAUGAGUUGACCAUAAUAGAUACAAGUGCAGGUGAGAUCUUUAUUUUUUCUGUACUUUGCCUUUUCUGGAUAACAGGAGGUUAUUAAAUUCACCUUGAAUGUA